GAUUCGACUUCGCCGCUGGAGCUUUCCCCACCUCAGGUCAGCGUCCCUUCACGACUGUCGGGUGCUUCGGCCACAAGCAACCCGACUUCCAGGUCUACCAGCUCUUGGCACCAACAGGGCCCCGCCGCGGACUUCGAAGACUCAAUUGUCGGACAACUCUUCACAUCUCCACGCGCAUCUCCGGUUCAGGUUCGGCCUCGACCAUCGCCGAAAGCCAGCAAUUUCGGUGCGAUGAUGUUCUCCCCAGGACCUGCCGCGGAGUUCGAGGACUCAGUGGGUGCGCAGCUGGCCAGUCUGUCUCCGGACUUCCUGAGUCACGCGGGAGACGCCGAGGCCUCCUCCUCGCCAUCCCGUGCAACCGGAGGGUGGCAACCGUCGCUGAG